CAUUUUUAAAUAUAUGAAUAUAUAUAAAUUGUAUUGCUCUGAUGUUUUAAGUAUGACAGAUUUGACCAGUUUACUGAUCUCAUAUCACAGUUGAAAGCCAGUGAACAAGGAAAGGGAUAUGUUUCUUAUCAUGAGCAAACUCAUUACCUUAAACUCACCUUAGAUGUAAAGUAAUCUUGUGCAUUGGCAUUUAUACUUGGGUAUCCAUUGCCAUUUCAUUAAAUGACUGCAUGUCUGCAUCUGGAUGUGUACAUCCAUGGUUUUGAGAACCCUAGAUAUUCCAUAUAAUUUCCCCUUUUAUUGUGUGAGUAGAGAAAUACUAAGAGAAAUAAAUCCUUGACCUCCCAGUCUGGAAAAAAACUUAAAUUUAUUACUGAUAGAUUGGGAAGGAGGGGGACUCUUCUUAAAAAAAUCUUGUACCAUAGUUUCAUAAAGAAAAUGAUAAAACUUACAUAAUCAUGCAAAACUCAUUUAAGCUGUGGACGUUUAAGGAGUGCAAUAUUGUUGUAGUAGUGUUGUGAGAAAAGCUUGUGAAACAAGACCAUCAUCAGUGUCAUUUUGAAAGAUGGAGGAGAUUAGACGCAAAUGUUGAAAGGGAGUGAAUGCCCAUUUGAUCCCAGCAAGAUGAUCACUUAUGCAAAAAACUUGCAGUGUGGCUCUUUAGAAAAAGUAAAAAUGUCUGGACAGGGAAGAAAUAGUGGGAAGGGGGGUUCUGUGCUGAUGUGAAGAAGUGGAAGCAGACCUCAGAACUCAACCAGCAGAAUGAAUAGAGCCUCCAUUUUAUAAACAAAGGAGAUAUGAUAAAGAUCAGUCCAUCUGUAGUCCAAACUGCAAAGACUACUAAAAACUACAAAGUAAAUAUCAAGCACAGGCCUCUAAGUGUAAUAAAAAUGUACAGUUUCCCACACACACGCAGUGGGCAUGCUAAAGGCCAACAUAAGUGCAACAUUUUUUUCUUUGUGAUAAGGUAAAGUUCAUUUUAGUAUAAUUCCCCAAAUAUGAGUACAUAAUUAUGCUUAAUUCUCAAGAUAUAAGCCUUCAAACAUCAGCAUUAGAAAGGCAAAAGAAAAUUACUCUCCUACACUGGAGAGUUCCUUACAUAUAAGUAGCAUUUGUGACGGCGUCCAGCAAAUCUGGCAUGUUUUCUAGUUAGAUGAAGAAACAUUACUAAGAUUGUCAUGUUCAAGAAGCAAUUUGUUUUUGCCCAGAAAAUGAAAAGGCAGAAUUUUGAAUGCAGCCUUGCAGAUUUGAACUUUAUUUAGAAGCUUCAGUUGAAGUUUUAAAAAAAAGUCCAAAUGAGUUCACUCCAGAGUGGUAAGUAAAUCUCCAGGUCAAAGUUUAAUGGGCAUUGCAGUCUAGAUUGUAUCAUUAUCGAUGGUCACUAGGUGGACACAUUUGAGUUAAUUUUUCCUCUUGUAUUAUUAUUAAUAAAAUAUAAACAUUUCAAAUGUGCAUUUGUCUAAGAUAAACUCCUGUAAUUUUGCUAUUAGAAAGUUAAUUUCCAGCAUUGCAAUUUUAUUUUAUAUGUACAGCUGACUGCUGAUAAUGACUUUUAACAUUAAAAAAUAAUAAAAAUUUUAGAUACAUUUAUCAAUGUAAAAACUUAUUUCUUCCUCAUUUAGCUCCACAGAAAGUGUGCUGUUUACUUACUGGCACGUGUUCCUGUUUAAGCUCCUCGUAUGUUUGUCACCCUCAAUUUUUUUUUCAACUGUUCUGAGUAGAGUUGGUUUUAGCAUUGUGCUAGAAAAAGUAUAUGACUGAUGAGUGUACAUAAUGUGUAUUUGUAAUGUACUUUGUGAGUGAGUGUCUGUUGUAGAAGUGCGUGAGUCUGUUUUAUGGGUGUAUGGUUGUUAAUGAUUUACUCUAUGUAUGAUUUAUGUAAAGCGCUAUGAGCAAAUUUUUGGAAAUGCACCAUACUUAUUAUUAUUAUACCCUCUUUACAAUACAGAAAUUGGUGUCUGGACUGUUAAUAAUAAAAGGAGAAUGUUACCGAGAUGUGUAUGUGUGUGUGUUUACUAUUUGGCUCCGAAGGUCUUGCAGUAGAACAAAGAGUCUUGAGCACUAAAUCGUUUUUCAAAGAUGAGUAGCGCGGGUCGUGAACUUUUAAUAAACUGAAAUUAAUCAAAACAUAUACUAUAUAUCUUAAACAGCUCAUCUAAACUCUAUGAAAAUGGUUCACAAAUUAUGAUUCUAUUGUAGUAAAAGAAGGCCAAAGACUCCUAAUAAGUCCUCUUCGGGGGCAUGUUAGUACAGUGGCAUAGGAAGAUGCUCGGCUUUGAGGGUGGGGUGAACGCUGACAGUAGUGACAGGUAACUGAAAGUGAACGGCGUUCACAUUUUUGUCCCCUCACUAUUUUUUGUUUUGGUUGGUUGCUUUGUGUGUGUGUGUGUGGUUUUUUUUUUAAAUUUUUUUUAUUUUUUUAUUUUUUUUUUUUAGGGGAUGAUGCCCCUCCCCUCCCUGGUUUCUAGGCCACAGUAGUAUGCAAAGAAGCUGACGUUUUACUCAUAAGUUUGCUGCUCUAUACAUGUAGGUGUGUGUCAUAGCAGUCAUGCACAGAACUAAAGGGUGUUUAAAAUAAAAUGCAAAAGACAUCCAGAACCUUUACAAACGCGCGCACACACCAUACCAACGCGAGGAUGGGGUAGAAAGUCUACAAGACUUAUCAAACGUAAGUAUUGAGCAUGCAAAACCACGUUCUAUGGCAACUUCGGCAAAAACGACUACAAGUUGCAUUGUUUGUGCUAUCAACAACAGCGCAUGUUCACUGGCUCUUAUUUUUUGUUAUUUAACUUAACUUGAAGAGACAACUUUCCUGGUGGCCGCCAACCAGGCAGUCUCAUUAUUCGUCCCUUGAAUGUAGUCGGAGGAAUUUUGACAUUAUUCUUUCAGGGUACCGUUUACACAUUCUGGUAAAAACAAACAAGAAAGUGGGGCAGGCGGGAAUCUCAUUUCAACAGAGAAACUCAUCCACGCGCAACAGUUCUUAACGUUGCAGCAUGGCGACAUUGUUACAUGGCAGACAGACAAACUGGGUUUAUGUUUAUAGACAUUGUUAUAUUUUGAAAUCUUCAUGUCUACCCCUUCCUCUUAUCAACGUACUACCAGGUACUGUGUGAUGAAAAGCAUGACUCUCAAGACGGAUAAACAUCUGUAUGAAUUUAAAAAAAGUAAUAAAAAAACCACGAAAUCAGACCGUGAUAUCUGGGGGAUAAAAGGCCGGACUAUAAUUCCCCUCCCUCACAUUUGCUUCCAGGCUUGAAGCAUCUUUGAGAGAACCAAAGACGGCAGAGUAUUGGACGGUUCUCUUAUUCUUCCUUAAUACGAGACCCGCAUCCAUAGCUAAGCUCCGGAUUGACUUUGCCUCUGCUACAUAAUUGCUGACCUUCGACCUUUCAUCGACCUGUCUCUCAUUUACACUCUCGUUAGAAGUCUGACUCGGGACAGAAGUGCACACCAAAAUGAGGCUGCAGAGCGUGACACUACUCCAGCUCUUAAUUCUCUGCUUCAUGAUCCCGUCGACCACGACUGCUCCCAUGGAAGAGUGCAGAACGGGUCUGUGGGGUGUGGACUGUCAGUACCAAUGUGGUUGGUGUAUCAACGACGGCGGCUGCUUUCGGAAAAACGGAACAUGCUACGACAGGAUGUGUGAAGAGGAUUUUAUGGGCGAGAAAUGUCUUCAGAGGUGUCCGAUAGGACGGUUCGGGAGCGGAUGUACUAAGACAUGUCCAGACGGCUGUUUCGGGGGCUGCAGUGCCGCCGGGUGCGACUACGAAUCCUGCGAAAGCGGCAGGAUGGGGAAGUGGUGCAUGGAGAGGUGCCCGAAGAACCGCUUUGGUCCCGGGUGUAAAUACUGGUGCUCCAGCUACUGUAUGGCCGUCAACUACACCCUCAACGGGUCCAAACGGCGCUGUAACCCCAUCAACGGGACCUGUCUGUAUGUGGCAUACAGGUCGUGUCGGACGAUGGGCGUAAUGGUCUUGGGGAGAGAAAUACAACUUUCCGCUAACAAACGCUGUAUUGAUAACGGAGUUCGCGAUAGCGGUCCUGCUCUAAUACCACCAAGAUUUAAUGGUCGCAUUGAUCAAGGCAGACCUCUCUACCAGAAAAAUAGGUGGAAGGCGUGUAACCGGCUUUUUGGAGGGCGGAGUUGUGAGAGAAUUAUUAUUAACCAAUUUGAUCAGGAACAUGACACAAGAAGAAUGGCUUUAUUUAGAGACCUGUAUGGUGCAUGGUGAAUAGAGUGACGUCCCCUGGCCCAACUGGCUAGAGGGGACAGAGCUCUGUUGUAUUUUUUUGUUUUAUCUGACAUCCUCCUGGUGUUGGACUUGUGCUUGUGUAUGAUUUUGAUGGGCCUGCCAUCGUGUGUGUGGAGUGUAGUGCCUUUUCGCUUUGGUGACUGCAAUUUUUUUGCAAUUCUUUGUCAACCUUCUGACUUGGCGAUCGGCGGCGCAGUCAGUAAGCUUCAUGUCCGUUGGAUCGGUGAACUUUUGUGUGUGCUAGGGUCAUUCGUCGUUCCGUAGGACUGGUGUCGUCUGUUGGAUGUGCUAUGUGCAGAUAUAUUUGCUAUGAACUGCAUUCCGGCUUAUAUGAUAUGUUUGAUAUUAGGCCUGCGGAUUGUGCUCAUAUUGCGUGUAGUCGCUGACCUUUGGCUUGGAGUACCGUCAUUUUGUUCUGACGUCACAUUAUUUUACGUCAUUUUAUGUCAUAUGUGAAGUGCCUUCCCCUGUGUCUAGGGUGUCUAUGUAGAGGUCGCACCUUUGACUUUCCGGCAGCAGUGUCCCCUGGGACAGACGGGAGCACUGGUCCUCACAUGGCACUCCUCUCACAGCUGGCUCCAGGUCCU